AUGGAGUGCCGCGGGUCGCCCGCCCCUAGCGUCCGAGAUCCUGACGCCCGACCCAUACCGAGACGUUUCACGGGAUAUUUUUUUGAAAGUCGAAUGGCAGACGAAUCCACGAACGACGGCUCCUCACCAGGUCCACCCGCAUCGCGUACACGAAAAAUACGGCCAGAAAUUCAGAUCUAUCGGCCAGGGAUGAUGCGUAAAGGAACGGAUGUCACUGCAUCUGGACCACCUCCAAGUGAUUGCAAGCCGCCGACUGAACCUUCAUCUCAUAAGCGAUCGCCAAGAAUUUCACUUGAUUUGGGAGGAGCAAGAAAAUUCAACGAAAAUUCCCGUAGGAGACGUAGUGACGACACAGAGUCUGUUCAUUCUUAUCAUGGCGAUUCUGGAAGCACAACCCCUGAUGCGGCUUCGAUGUGUAGUGAUCGGAGAGAUAGUUUUGGCAAGGUGUCAGGGUCACGAACAUUUUCACGAGGAGGAUACUCAGGAAACAGGCAAGUUUACCAUGCUGGACGAAACGAUAAUACUAAUUCGACAUUUAGCCCUAAAAAAAGCUCUCGAGAGUAUAACAAUCGACAGAAUUCACGAACGCCAUUGACACAGGGAAAUCGUGAUUGUAGUUCAACUGAGCGGACGUCAGGUUCACGAUAUUCCUACAAUUCCACCCAGUCAUUGUACGAUCCCCAACAACCAGGAAGUUAUCUGAGUAAUCAACCGCAUUUCAAUCGACGUCGAGGAAAACAGGAACAGGGUAGAGCACCGUCUCCGAUGCGAUUCAGACGAACGGCGCAAUUGCAACAAUAUGAACGUGCUUCUAUGCGUGCUGAAGCUGGUCAACGACGAAAUGUUGGCAAUCGAAGACGCAAUGACUCAAUAAACAGUACGCAGAGUGAAUAUUUACCGCAAUAUUCGGAUCAUUUACGUGUGGAUACUCACUUGGAAACUCAAAGUGUGUCAGGCGAUGCACCGUCUUCGUCAUCAAUGUCUUACAUGCAGUUAUGUCAGUCUUUUGAAUCAAUUGGGUCAUUCGAUUGGAGUCAGGAGGUGGAAUCUGAAUACAAUGCGAAGCACAGCGAUGAUCAAGAGGAGAAUAAUGAAAGAACUAGGGAAAGAUUUGAAAACCGUGUACCUCUAACCGAUUCGUCGAUAAACAAGUUCUCUCAUGGUGAUUAUUCAAGUUCGAAGCCAAGGCGUGGUAUACUGAGGGUGCCAAUUUCCGUGAGGCAUGGCCAUGAAAGGGAUCGACAUGAUAGCGACCGAUCCUCAUCUCUGCGAGGUAGCAUAGUUGAAGAAAACUACGAGGUGGAUGAUAUCUCAAGCGGAGAUGCUACGCCAACUGAAGAGAGCGGAGACGAGAAGCACUGGAAUAGACAAAAGGAAUUGCCGUUAACCAAUGCUCGCGACGCUCAAUGUAAACCAGGAUAUAGUGGAAACCUUUACCAAGAGCAGGACAAACCUAGUCGCCUAGCGGGUCGCUUAACGGUCAUCCGUCCGAAAACUGCACCACAAACUACGGAAACAAGUUCGCUAUCACCUCAAGUUGCUCCUGUGACGCGUCGAACCGAAACCAUUAGGACGUACAAGCCACCAGCUAUGCGAGCUUCCGAGAAAUACGAUGCGAUCAAAGCAAAUGCCGAUGUUCGAAACAGCGUGGCUGAUGAGAAAAUGCGGGCGGUAUCGACAUCACAACAUAACGCACAACCUCGACAAAUGACCGACUAUCCAGUUUACCACGAAAUAGCCAGUAAUGAGGGCCCGAAAAUGCAGAAGAUUAAUGAUUCAAUAUCAUCGUUGCUUUCUCAAGUUCAGAAGAGGGAUGUGCGAGCUGCUGAAAAAGUUGUACAGUUGAGCGACGAAUUGGCUGAGAUCUACUAUGGAGUGCUGACACGAGAUAUUUUCUUCACAUUUUCGAUGAAUCUAGAACAACAUCUUUGGAAACAAGCAUUCUAUAAGCCAAUUGAAGUAUUUAAAUCAGUUGUGAAUUCCCCGAAAGAAAGCUCGAAAACGUUCCGAAAUCUCUUAUUAAUAUUAUUAAAUAAGGGAAUCACUUUCUACGGAUGUCUUAUUGAUUUAUAUGAGAAAGAACUGGGCUCGUCACAAAAUGAUUCGACUAAGCUGAAGGUAGCGAUAAAAUCGUGCUCACGGCAUUUGAUUUCCUUGGGAGAUCUGAAACGUUACAAAACGUUGGUUGAAGGCAGUGAAGACUACCGAGAUGCCAAGAUGACAUAUUUGCGAUCAGCCUUGUUUUGGCCAUCGUCAGGGCAUUGUUACAACCAACUUGCCGUGGUGGCAUAUUUUUCGAUGCUGUACCGAAGCAGACGGCGUGCACGUAAUACACCGCUCGAGAUUCUCUCCAACAGACGACAGGGUCAAGCGUUAGACGAGAUUUUCUUCUGUGUUCGUGCACUGUCCGCAGAUCAUCCAUUCGAAGCUGCUCGUGAUCGGCUCUACGCUCGUCUUGCCGCAAUGAAGAGAAAGGUGGACAAAUAUGAACCUCUACUGGAUGCUGAGUGCGGAGAAGUUCGUGAGGACGCUGAGUUAGCCGCAAGCGCUGAUCGACCGUAUGAAAUAUGGUUGGACAUGGAAGGACCAAAUAUUGAAACCGAAAAUGAUGAUGCUCACAUCUUCCGUUCAUUCUUGGAGCAACAACCUAGCAAAUUGCAUCGUCGUACUAUCUCAUACGUUAUCAGCACUGUUGGACUUCUCAUUACAAAAAUUGGAAUGGAAUCUUUUCCAAGUGUUUCCGAGCGUGCCAUCGGACAACUGACAGCGUUAGUUGAACAGGAUUGUUCUCCUGUCACAGCUAACCAACUCAUACAAAUUGCCUCAUUGUUCAUCUAUGCUGUUCAUUGCAAUGGAAUUGUCGGUGACGCAGAUGUAUGCAGCUUACAACAACAACAUGCUGUUCGUGCACUUGUUAGUGUAUUUGGCGCAUAUCUUCGACCUAUUGUCAUUCGAUUAGAGGAGAUAGGUUCAUGGAUUCAAGGCACUUCUACAGUACCAUCUGUGGUUUCUCGUGUUCUCCCGGCUUUAUGCGUUCUUUGCGAAUGGUUCUCAUGUCCUUUAGCGUCAGCAAUUUAUCGUACAAUGCCAUCAGUUGAAGCGUUACCGUUGUCGAUAGUUGAUAUUGACACAUGGGAUUUUCUUGCUAAGAUCGGAAAUGAGCUGAUGAAAUGGCAGGAUAACGAGAUGUUAGCUAAAAUAGAAAAUGGAGAAGGCUCUAACAAAUCCUUCAUCUUGCCUGAAUUGGCGUAUAUGUCAUCGUUCUCGGAAGUGUUCCCUCCAUUCCCUCGAAUAUUACACUGUACGGUUCCUCUGACAGAUUCUAUGGAGCAUCUAAUCCCGCUCCAUGUACGGCUAGCACAGUUACUUCUUGCCGUCGAAUAUCUGGAUGGAUCCGAAUUGUCUUGUUUCUUCUUCUGUGAGAAAACAGGGAAAUUCACAAGGAGCGAGCACAUAGAUGGUGAGCAUAAGGAAGGAACAAGCACAUCAUCCGAUUCACAUUAUGAGAAUUCACAAAGUUCAUCAUCACCGCCUACGAGAGAGGAACUUCUCGAAAGGGAACUUCGAAAACAUGAACAAUUGCUGGUGGUGAAACCUCUUUAUGUUGUCAUCGACACAAACGCCUUUAUCGAUCAGCUAGAAAAAAUUCAGAAGAUUCAACAAUGUGAAAGAUUCCGUAUACUUAUUCCCACAACAGUUAUGGAAGAACUUAUGGAGUUACAACAUGGUGAAAUAAACAGUACACAUGCGGAGGCAGCAACAGCCGGAGCCCGACAGGCGAUGUCGUGGUUACGUGAACAAACGAGACAAAAAUCUCCCCGUAUGUUUACGUUAACGAUGCGUGGACGUCGUGUUCCAAUCGCCGUUGUACGUGAAGAAUCAGCUGAUGAUCGAGAGAUGGUGAACGACGACCGUAUUCUACGAUCAUGCGUAAAUUUUACGGAAUUGGAACCUGCACAAGAAGCGAACUUCGCUGAUUUUAAGCAAUCAACUCAAACUCGAAAUACUCCAAUCAUCUAUCGAAAUGUGAUUCUAUUGACGGAUGAUCGAGUGUUGAAUAUGAAAGCAAUGAGCCAACACAUCCCAUGUCGAACAUUAAUACGUUUUAUGAAAUGGGCUAAAAUUAGUUAG